CAGGUCUGUGUGCAUGACUGACUACUGGGAAGAAGAAGUUAGUCUGAAAAGACAUUUGUUUUUAUUGGAGUCAUCUGCACAUCUACAUGCUUGGCACAGCCAUAGGCCUUCAGAUCUCUGCCCACAAGAGAGUGGUGUUGAGCCGUCCACUUCCAUACCAGCCAAGGGGACCACAACUGACAUGCGGGCUGCAUUCGUGGUGCUGCUCCUCUGGCCCAUAGCCUGCGCUUACCCUGUGCCUGGCCAUGAGCCCACCCGCUCCCGCCGCAGUGCCCAGCAGCAGAACACAGCAAAUGAAGAUUACAUCAACAAGCUGGGCAACCUCCUGGAUGGUGAAGAUGGCAGACAUCCUCCUGUCACUGGAGAGACGGGGAACAAUGCCCUUGCUGGGGACAAAGCAGUUGGGAACGCUGUGGGUGAGGAGCUGGGCAAGCAUGGUGGCCAAGACAAGGGAGGCAGUGCUGGGGAGCCUCAACACCUGAACCAGGUGGACCACGAGGAUGUGAGUGCCCGGGAUGGGAACAGCCUGGGUUUCCUGGAGGAGGAUGCACGCGAUGCUGAUGACGGUGACAACGGAGAGCACUAUGGCACUGGAGUCAAUGGGCUUCCCUCUCAUGCUGGCAGGCUCCUGGAUGAGGAGGACGACAGUGGGGAUGACACCUUUGAUGAGAAUGGGGCAGAGGAUGGGGGCGAAGGUCCUACCUAUGUGGCAGUUCCUGAUGGGGCAGGUGAACAUGACCACGACGCUGACCAUGGGGACACCGGGGCUGGUGGAGGGCUCAGCGACAGCAGCAGCAGUAGCAGCAGUGAGAGCAUGGGGGCAGACCACCGGCAGUACAGGAACUACCUUGGCAGCCGGUAUGAGUGGACCUACAGGCAUGGAGGGGGCAGCAGCAGCAGCCAGGAGGAGGAGAGCUACAACUUCGAGGAUGAAGCCAUGCAGGGUGAUGACCCCUCUGUCUUUGACGGCCCAGUCAGUAGCUAUAAGGGGCGUCGUGCUGGCCCUCAUGCCCUGGGCAGCAGCUGGGGGGCUGGCUCCCACCCAUGGGAGGAGGGUGACAGCAGGUCCCCAGAGGUGGAGGAUGCUGACUCGGGAGAAGACAGCCCAUCCACAGAGGAAAGCAGUCAGUCAGAAGAGCCCGACACCAGCCAGUCAGAGGAGAACAGUGCAAGCCGCUCCAGGGAGGAUGGGGAUGGGGAGGACAGCCCAUCCAGGGAGGAUGAGGACAGCGAGUCCAAGGAGAGCACUGCUGAACAGUCAGAUGAAGAGCCAGGGGAGUCCCCAGAGGACAUCUCCAAGGAGGUGGUGAGCACAUCAGGUGAGCACAGCAGCAGCCAGUCCCGACAAGAGCAGGAGGACCAGGAGUCUGCUGAGGACGAGAGUGCACCAUCCACACCUGACAGCGAGUCCAGGGAAGAUGAUGGCGACCAGAGCCUGUCCGCAGAGAACACUGCAGAGGAGUCAAAGGAGGAUGAGGAUGACUCCAACCCUGAUGGGGAUGAGCCGAGCACAUCAACCGAGAGCCAGAGCGCAUCACCAGAAGACGAUGACAGCCAAGAGGAUGAUACAGGUGAGGACAGCAGGUCCACAGAGAGUAACAUCAGUGAGUCCCAGGAGGAGGAUGAUGAUGAUGAAAGCCACUCCCAGGAGGACGCCACCCGCGAGUCCAGCAGCCGUGGAGACAACAGCUCGCCGCAGAGCCUGGAGAGCGGGAGCCGCAAGCGGCGGCUGGGUGCCUACCGCAACAAGCCUGCUGCCGACUACGAUGACAAUGACUGCCAGGAUGGGUACUGACACGUGUCACACAGGCUCACUGGUGCUGGGGGAGUGCGGGGGGAGGAGGGUUUAAUUUAUUUGCUAUUUAGCCUGGCUGACUUCUUCCUGAGGAGAUGCUGUGGGUAAAAUGGAAGCAGGUUUGCCAUGACUCGACCUGGGCACACUCUGCAGGGCAUGAAGUGGGAGGUGAUGCCAGACACAGGGAAAACGCCAAACUGCAAUGAGAAAAAACAUGUCCUAAACCAAGAGCUCUGGGUGCCAGCAGGGUGAUGCUGCCCACUUGCCACAUAGGCGCAGUGGCAGCUCAGCACUCCGGGAGCUGCCAGCACCUGGGCAUGCUGGGCAGGAAGGUCCCUGUGUUCACCCCUUGUAUUUACCUACCACUGCCCUAAAAGCAUCUGUCCAGACUCUAAUGGGGGCUUUCUGUUAGAUCCAUGUCCUGCACAUAAGGAGGGAAAGAGGAAAAGCUACGGCUGGUGUACACGUGUGGUGUGUGGGCACAGCGGUGUGUGAAGUACCACUUCAGGAUGGAAUGUAUGUAAUAUUUUGUAAGAAAUGUACAGAAAACACUAUAUUGUAUCCUUUUUGCACUUGUAUUUCAAGGCUGAAAUGUACCCUGUUGAUUUCUCUAAUUACUAUUAAAACCAUCACACUCCACAGUGGCGUGGU